GGUGCCAGGGUAUGGCUGCGGGAGCAGGACCAGCUGCAGCCAUGCACUGUUGGCUCAUGUGCCGAUGGAAACGUACUCUUCACCUCAGAUUAUGGCACGGUAUUCCAGUACCCCAAGGCCUCUCUUUCCAGAGAAAAGGUCUUGCCAAUGCACCAGACCAGCAUUGAUGGGGUAGAAGACAUGUCCAUGCUGGGAGAUCUGCAUGAAGCUGCCAUCCUGCUUAACCUGCACCAGCGCUACCAACAGGGUAACAUCUACACAAACAUUGGUUCCAUCUUGGCAUCAGUAAAUCCCUACAAACCCAUCCCUGGUCUGUACAGUGUGGAUGCCAUAGACCUGUACAGACAGCACCGCCUGGGUGAGCUGCCUCCCCAUAUCUUCGCCACUGCUAAUGAGUGCUACUGCUGCUUGUGGAAGCGUCAUGACAGCCAGUGUGUUCUGAUAAGCGGAGAAAGCGGAGCUGGAAAGACUGAGAGUACCAAGUUGCUGCUGAAUUUUCUGUCAGCCAUGAGCCAGACCUCCCUUGGGUCCCCUGUGUCUGAGAAGAGCACUCGUGUGGAAGAAGCCAUCCUGGAAAGCAGCCCCAUUCUGGAGGCCUUUGGAAAUGCCAAGACAGUUUAUAACAACAAUUCCAGCCGCUUUGGCAAGUUCAUCCAGCUGCACUUCUCUCAACAUGGACACAUCCAGGGAGGCCGAGUAACUGAUUAUUUACUGGAAAAGAACAGGGUGGUACACCAGAAUCCCGGAGAGAGGAAUUACCACAUCUUUUAUGCUCUGCUAGCUGGCGUGAGUGGGGAGCAGAAAGAGAGUCUCUCCCUUUCUGAGCCAGAGACUUAUCGCUACUUGAACCAGUCUGGUUGUGUGACUGAUGAGAACCUGAAUGAUGUAGAAAUGUUCAAUAAGGUCAUGACUGCCAUGAAGGUAGUGGACUUCAGCACUGAAGAAAUCAGAGACAUCUUCAAACUUCUUUCUGGCACGCUUCAUCUGGGAAAUGUUGAAUUCAUGACAGCUGGUGGGGCCCAGGUUACAACGAAAGCAGUGCUGAACAUUGCCAGUGACCUCCUGGGCUUAGACGCCUUCCAGCUUUCCGAAGUACUGACACAGAGGUCCAUGAUUCUGCGUGGGGAAGAGAUCAGCUCCCCUCUCACUGUGGAGCAGGUAACUGACUCCAGAGACUCCCUCUCUAUGGCACUGUAUUCCCAGUGUUUUUCAUGGCUCAUUAACAAGAUUAAUACGAAGAUCAAAGGCAAGGAAAACUUUAAGUCUGUGGGCAUCCUGGAUAUCUUUGGCUUCGAGAACUUUCAGGUGAAUCGUUUUGAGCAGUUUAACAUCAACUAUGCAAAUGAGAAACUCCAGGAAUAUUUCAACAAACACAUCUUCUCCUUGGAGCAGCUGGAGUACAACAG